AAGAGGACUCAUCGGCUUCAGAGCAUCAAUCAGACAUCGUCGUCUACCAAAGCAGGGUGUUAAACCCAGCACAUCCUGCUGACAACAGUAAUGAAGAUGGCUGGCCUGUGCUGGGUGACUGUGGUGCUGACCUUCCUCCUGUCUGCUGGAGACAGUGUUUCUGCUGUGGACCAGAACUGGCUCACAAGUAUUGUAGAUGGCAUCAAGAAUGAAUAUGCGCUAGGCGACUCCUUCAGUGUGGCCGUGAAUGUCCCGGAGAACGAAGACCCGAACAACCUUCAGCAAGUCCUUCAGGACGACCCGGCAGACCAAGUGAAACAAGCUGUUUCACAGGGUCAGGUUUACCAAGGCACCAGGGUGGUGGCAGCAGCACAAUCAGAGGCAGUGUCACGUGUUCUAGAAAACAUACAACCGUUUAUUAAAAGCAGCCAGGGUAAUUUCCUCAUCAUCUACUCUGCACAAUCCCCCUGUGGUCCAACGUGUACAAAUGCAAACGAAGAUGGUAUUUCUAACAAGAUUAACGAUGUCACUCAGAACUGGAGCGGUUAUGCGUUUGCGUUUUCUAACGUAGCCGAUGUUCCCAACGCUGACACGUCUCAACUGGCCCAAUCCUUUCAGCAACUUGGUAUUUCCGAACUCGGGCUUGACAAGAUAUUCCGUUGUUAUAAUCCCGGAGAUGGUGCUUUUCAGUGCACCAGCUGCUCCUCAGGUGGAGAUGUUACACCCUCCUGCGUUGCAAACACGGCUCUGUCAAAUCAAGAACAAGGUGCAGGCGAGGAAACAAGUCCACUCGAACCAGUAGACACAGGUAUAGGUGGAGGAAGUGGAGAGCGCACAGGAGGGGGCAAACCCGGACGAGUCUGCAGGAGCAGAGGGCGUGGCAGUCGUAAAGGAGGCUGCAAGCGCAGAGGCGGCAGCAAGGUUGGAAGAAGAUGUAGGCGUAGAGGAGGGUGCGGGCGUCGAUGGGGCGGCGGCAAGGUCGGAAGAAGAUGUAGGCGUAGAGGAGGGUGCGGGCGUCGAUGGGGCGGCGGGCGGCAAGGGUCGGAAGAGAAAUGGUAG